AUGGCACAACCUUUUGAGGAUUGGUAUAAAAAUUUACCUAUUGUUACAAAGAUAUAUAUGACAGGAUGUGUUGUUACAUCAGUUAGUGUUUAUCUUGGAUUGGUUGGUCCAUUAAGAUUAUAUUUAAAUUUUCCAUUAGUAUUUGGCAAGUAUGAAUUUUGGAGACUUUUUACAAAUUUUUUUUUCUAUGAUGAAAUUGGUAUGAAUUUCUUUUUCCAUAUGUAUUUCCUGGUUAGACACAGUAGGCUAUUAGAGGAAUCAUCAUUUAGAGGUAGAUCAGCUGAUUAUCUAUUUAUGUGGAUAUUUGGAUCAUUUUUAUUAUUAAUAAUGGAUGCAUUUUUAUUUUAUACCAAAAUUGUUACAAAAGUUUUAUUUUUAGCACCAUCAAUAGCAUUUAUGGUAAUUUAUGUGUGGAGUAGAAGAAAUCCUAAUAUGCAUAUUAGCUUUUUAGGUUUAUUUACAUUUAGUGCACCAUAUUUACCUUGGGUAAUUUUAAUAAUGGGUUAUUUAUUCAAUCAUGAUUUAACAACUGAUUUAUUAGGUGCUGUUGCAGGUCAUGCUUAUUAUUUCCUUGAAGAUGCUUAUCCAUUAAUUAGUAAUAGAAGAUUAUUAAAAACUCCUGGUUUUUUAAAAAAUCUUAUGGAUGGACAAGAGCAACCAAUUGUAGAUGCACAUCAACAACAAGAAGUACAACAAGCACAACAACAAGAAGUACAACAACCAGUACAAAACUUUCUAAAUGAAGAUGAUUUAGAUCAACAAUAA